GCGUGCUGGGGACUGGAGCACAAACAUACAAUCGAGGUAUCCUCUCGCGGGAUGGUCAGAGGAGCUACGAAGUAGAUAGAAGAAGAGUGUUUUGCAAUUCAGGAAUCCAAGCCAAUUAUUUGUGAUUUUUCAUAUACAAUACAAUUUACAGUAGUCUGAAUUUGGGUAAGCUGUUUUGAUAGCAUAUAGCCUAUUUGCGCUGUACAUGUUAGGUUUUUUACACAGCCUCUCUCUCUAAAUUAUUUCGCUCUCAUCUUUCGUGUUGUUGCCUGCCCGUGUCAGGCGUUCUUUAUGCACAGCAAGCUGCUCCAGUUCUCUCCGAGAAAAUAGACAUUCACGUCGGAACAGCAUGGCCCGGUCCAGUCGCACCCACUGAGAGAGAUGGAAGCCAAGCAGCACUCCCUAAAGAGCCUGAAGAGCUACCCAGAGGCGGGGGGCCGGAGCCUGGCGGCGGCCGCGGGAGACGUCGGUGUUGGAGGUGGUGGAGGAGGGUGUCGUGCCGGCUCGGCACAGAUGGAGAUGGAGGCAAACAUACAGAAAGCCAUUGACUUCAAGGUGGAGGGCCACCGUUGCUACAAGGAGAAGAAAUUCCGGGAAGCGAUAGGGAAGUACCACCGGGCUCUGCUGCAGCUGAAAGGGGUGCAUUUAGUGGAUGGAACCACGGGCUCCGAGGUCAACCUCCUGAGCCAAGCCGCGGUCAAACUGACGGAGGAGCAGCGGAGAACUGUGGAGAUCACGGAGAUCGAGUGCUACGACAGCCUGACAGCGUGCCUGUUGCAGUCCGAGCUGGUGAACUAUGAGCGUGUGAAGGAGUACUGCCUGAAGGUGCUGGGUCACCAGAGGGACCACUUCAAGGCCAUGUACCGUGCUGGCAUCGCCUGCUACCACCUGGGAGACUACGACUGUGCCCUGCGCUACCUGCGUGACGCCAAGCACCGCGAGCCCUCAGACACAAACGUGCUGCGGUACAUCCAGUUGACGGAGAUGAAGAUGAGUCGGGAGGGCCAGCGGGAGCGAGAGAGCGGCAAAGAGGCCCUGGGUUAACCUUUGACCUUUUGGCCCCUGUCACUAUGGCCUACUCUAUGAGCCAUCCUACUUCUCCUCUCUGACCUCCUCUCCUCUAUCGAGCCCAGUCUCAUUGAUGACUAGCCCCAGUGAUGCGCUGCAACCAUGUAAAAGAACAGGGCAGAAAAAGCCCUGUCUCUCCCCCUCUCUUCUCCUCCUUGUCUUCCCUUCUUCCCCCAGGUGCUGUUGUUCUGUACCCGACUGCCAAGCCAACGAAGAAAAAACUAAGCAAAGGGAAAUUCUGUACUAAUUCUCAUACAAAACAGUCAUGGUUGUCUGAAUGGAGAAAAAAAAAAGUGUUAAAAAAAUAUAUAUGAACAAAGAACGUUCCGUAAUUUAGUAGAAGUGUAAUUUAAAAAAUAAAAAAAAAUCAAGUA